GGGAGUGAAGGACGGCGUGGCGCAAUGGAGUGUUCUUACAUACAAUGGACAGUAAAACGGUCCCGUGACGUCACCUGAUGCACCCCUGUGUUGCAGGCAUGGCGGCAGUGUGGUGGCUGGCCUGGGCUUACUUGGUCCCCCUGGCCCGGGCCUUCUGUCCUCGCGGGUGUUCCUGCGACGACUCCCUUCCCAGCGCUCGGUGUGUGGGCGCGGGCCUCAACCUGGUGCCCAUCCUCUUCAACCCCUCGCUGCGCCGCCUCGACCUCGCCCACAACUCCAUCGCGUCCCUGGAGGAGGCGCUGGUAUUCCUCAGCCUGCUGGAAGACUUGGACCUCUCCCACAACCAGCUGGAGUCGCUGGGAGUUGGUAACUUUCAGGCUCAAAGCAACUUGAAAAAACUGAGUGUCGCUCACAACAAUCUAUCCGCGCUGCUCCCGAGAGCCUUCACUGGCCUGGCGGCGCUCACGCGUCUCGACCUGAGCUACAACAGCCUAGACGACCUGCCUGAGGGCGUGCUGGACGACCUGCCUCACUUAACUGUCCUUCAUCUGUCCCACAACCGCCUGUUCUUCUUGUCUCAGCUUGCUUUCCGUGGUCCAAAGUCCCUGCUUCUCUUGGACCUCAGUGAUAACUACUUCAGACACGUCCCCACAGAAGCGCUGCAGGCGGCGGCGUCCCUGCAAACCCUCCACCUGUGCCGCAACAGACUGACUGAGCUCGGUCCCUCAGCCUUCUCCAACCACGCACUCAAACUGCUCGCUCUCGACGGCAACAGCAUUGAGCGCCUCGACCAGGCCACCUUCAUGUCCCUCAAGCGCCUGCAGAACCUCAGCCUCGUCGGGAACUCCAUCCACGAAGUCCCGACCAACGCCUUAUCCUUCCUGCCCAAGUUGGAGUUUCUCUCGCUCAGCAGAAACAAGAUCAGGGAAGUGAGGGCGGGGGCGUUCAGUGCCCAGGGUCUCCUCAUGACCCUCGAGAUGUCUCGCAACCCCGAGCUCAAAGUGAUGUCUCCAGAGGCGCUGAGUGGCUGUGGCCAACUCCAACACCUCACACUGUCCCACAACCCCCAGCUGAGGCACCUCCCCAGCGGCCUGUUCAAGCCGCUCAAGAACCUGCGCAGCCUGGACCUCCGCGAUAACGGUCUUGAGAGUCUGCCUGAAGUGGAGGUGCCCUGGAAGACCCUGCAGAGACUAGACCUGCGGGACAACCCGCUGGUGUGUAACUGUUCCGUGAGGUGGCUGGCACAGCUCGUCAGGUCUGCCAACACCUCCAUAGCCUCCCGAGACCUGCAGUGCGCGGCGCCAGACAAGCUGAGGGGCCUCUACCUCUCCAGACUGACACCGCGAGAGCAGCUGUGUGGCGAGGGAGUGGAAACUGUCCUAGCCGUGGUGGCGGGCAGCGGCAUCCUGCGUCCUGCUCCUCACCCUCACGCUGCUCCUCUACAGAUACUGGCGGCGACGAAGACAAGGCAAGCUGAGCAGCAGUGAAUGGCCGACUGACCCCCUGCCGCCCUGGACCGAGGGACGCCGCCACCACCGCCCGCCCGGCCCACCCUCCCUUACCACGCCCCAAGCUGCUCCAGGUGCCCGCGACACCAACACCAAGACACGGAGCGGCGUUCAUGUAUGAUAUGUACCGAUAGGAGUUGUAUAUUGGCAGAGCGUGCUUCUCUCUCUCUCUCUCUCUCUCUCUCUCUCUCUCUCUCUCUCUCUCUCUCUCUCUCUCUCUCUCUCUCUCUCUCUCCCUCUCUCUCAAGAGUUUAAGGAGCAUUUCGAUCCAUCCCCGUUACCAGAAGCUUGUCCUGCCCCCAUUCCGUGUAGCAGCAGCAGCAGCAGAUCCUCUCCUCUCCCCCCCCCCAACAACGAUUUCAGGCGCAUAUUCCUUCUCUCCCCACUGACUCCAACUCUCGCCCACACCUACCAUUCCUCCUCCACAACACGCCAGCAGGAAGCCACACGGACAGGCAAGCGGACAAACAGGCAGGUGGACAAGAGACAAGAGCAUCCCCCUCCCUAACGUGUUUCUCAGAAAUAUAAAAGGACAAACAUUUUCCAGUGUCUUUUUGUAUCUGUAAUAUUUGAACGCGAUACUGACUGACUGACUGACUGACUGACUGACUGACUGACUGACUGAAGGACUGCUCUUUAUUGACUUCCCUGUACAUUUUUUUUUUUAGUUUACUGACAGACAAACUUCCUCUCAUAAAGAAAUUAUUGAUCAUUUGGUGACAUUUUACAGGUUUACACGAGUUUGUUCGUGUUUGUAUGCUUGCUCACCUACACACACCUACACACACACACACACACACACACACACACACACACACACACACACACACACACACACACACAGACACACAUACACACACAGGUCAUCCUCACAACCGCUCCCCGAAAAAAAAAAAAAAAUGUACAGUACAGUUUUAAUACCCACACUGACCCUAUGCAAUCCCAACCACACCCUUUCUCCUCCUCAUUUCCCCCUUCCUGUCUUCAAGUGUGUCUUUUGCACCCCGGAAGACACACAGAACACCCGUUAACCCCAACCACACCUUGCCUUUCCUUCCCUCCCUUCCCUUCCCUUCCCGUCCCUAAAUUCAAGUGUGUAAUGUACCAAAAGAGACAGAAAUACCCGUCAGCUCAAACUAUCACCUUCCUUCCCUUUCUUUCCCGUCCUGUCCCAACCUUCAAGUGUUAUGUUCCCCUUCCACCCUGUCCCUGCCUUCCACUAUGUACCAAGGCAUACACACAACACCCACCCGCCCCCCGCACACUCACCACCACCAGCAGCAGCACCACGCCUAGUCCACAGCAUUGCCGACACAUGCAAGGAUGGUAUACGUAUAUACUACUCAUAUUCUUAAGCCCUCAUCCCCGGCCUCGAUGUUCAGAUUUUAUACGUAUAUUUUUGUAAAGAAAAAAGAAAAGAAAUGCAACAAAAAAAGUAAAUGAUAUGAAUGAAG